AAGCCAACAACAACAACAUAGAUCAAGACCUACUGCAAAAUGUCGGCGACGAAAACCCUCUCUCACGCUCAACGAGUGUUGAGAUUGUAUAAAAGAUCGGUGCGACACAUGGAAUCAUGGAUACCUGAAAGGCCAGCUUUUAGAUAUGAAGCAACAGUUCUUCGUGCAAGAUUUGAUGAACACAAAAAUGAGAACGAUAUGAAGAAAGCUGCUCAGAUAUUACAAGCAGGAGAGGAAGAAUUCUGGGAGAAGCAGCAUCCACAACCAUACAUCUUCAUUGACUCGUUUGGAGGAACCAGAUAUGAGCGUAACAUCCCUGCUCCCGAAUGGGUUCUCAACAAAUGGCAUCCGAUUGAGAAGGCCCGUUACCCGUAUUACUUUGCCAGACGAGAGAAGAGAAUAGCAGAGGAACAAGCACGUUGGGACCAGCUGGUGGAGGAAGAAAGGCAGCUUAUAGAACAAGGAAAACUGCCUCCUAAAGAAGCUCUUCCCUCGUGAUCUACUCUCACCCACAAAUAUAGUUUUUAGAGUAAAUUCAGUCGUGUGUUUAUUGGACAAGGUUUUAAUAUUAACAGUAUUUGAUACUGCGAGAUGAAUGUCUGUUUAUACAGCAUGCCAAUUUAAACAAUAUUACUUCAUUUUCACUGUGUCAUCUCUUUAUCAACUAGGAUCCAUGUCUAGUUUAUACCCACACAAACCUAUGAUAGCAUGAUAACAUGAAUCUCCUUUGUUCUUGGUUGGUUUCUUUGUGCAUAAUAUGGGUGAUAGGAAUUCUAUUUGAUCUGCUUUAUGGCAUGAGAUAAGCAUUCUGUUGUCAUGGACAAGUGACAUUGGUUAACCUUCUGACUACUGAAUUCUCACACUGUCCAUAGGUUUAAUACAGGAACAACCAGGUUCCAGUAGGCAAUGGGUUUAUACCCUGACCUUUGACAUUGGCUUGGCCUUGAUAUUUGAUUCCAUGACAUUAAGAAUAAAGCUAUACAACGGAUGAAGUUAUGCGAUUGAUGAAACAAACUUUUAGAUUAAUGACUGAUUGAAACCUUGUCCUUGUUGUACAGAAUGUGUGAGAUUAAAGAUGACAAAGAAAGAAAUCAAUU